AUGCUUUGGCAAAAUAUUGCAAUAUUUGGAAUGUGUCCUGAAAUUAUUGCACAUGGACAUGACAACGUCCACAUCACUCCAAAUGCUACUGAAAUCGUGAGAUUCGUCAAUGACAAACAUAUGGUCACUUGUCAUGGCCAUAAAGGAACAAAGGUGCGAUGGCUAAAUCCACGCGGUGACCCUGUUACCGAGUCCCGGGGUCGAAUUCACGUCGAGCCGCGGCCAGCCAUAGCACCAGGUGCAAAAGCACUUGUCUUUCUUCACAUUGCUGGUGUCGACCGCGGAUUGUGGGUGUGCGCCGGGGACGGCGGCGGCGGGGGAUCACCUGCCGAACAGCGGAAGACUUUUAGAUUAAUAGUAAACGAGCCGAUUUCAUUCAUGGAUACACCAAAUGAGCAAUAUGCUCCUGAAAACAAAGACGCAACGGUCCGUUGUGAGGUACGUGGUGAUCCUGAGCCAAAAGUUUCCUGGCAACUUAAUGGUCAACAAAUUGCACUGCCUAGUGAACGAUAUAGCAAGUUAGCAGAUGGGCUUUUGAUAAAGAAAGUAACAAUUAAAGAUAGAGGUUUUUAUACUUGUAAAGCAUAUCAAGUUUCGACUGCAGUCAGUAACGUACAAGAACGAACAAUUAAACUAAAUAUCCAACAUAAACCGAUGAGUCCAGCAAAUCCGAGACCUCAGCUGGUUUACGGAUUUGUAUCAGGAGUUGUUAACGUAACAUGCGAAGCCCUAGGAGAACCACCAGCUAAUUUCACCUGGAUGAGAAAUAAAAAGCCUCUAAAAGAAGCAAUAGUAUUCAAUUCAGAACAUUCAACUACGUUGCAGUUACCUAUUACGGACUCUAAUGACUUUGGAAAUUAUACGUGCAGAGCAGCAAAUUUUCUCGGCUAUCUUGAUAGAACAGUAACAAUUAAGGAAGGUGCCAAACCUGAUCCGCCCGCUAAAGUUUUACUGCGGACCGCCGGUGCUGAUUCUCUGGAAUUUGAAAUUACUGGUCCUAAAAAUCCACAGCCGAUUAAAGAAGGCAAAAAUGAAGUAGAUAUGCGGAUAUUAGGUUUUAGAUUUCAAUAUGCGCCUCUUGCGGAUUGGGGCGAACAAAAGGAUGAUGUUUGGGCACAUUCUGGAGAAAUUGACAUUGAUAUAGAGCAAGGGGCAAGUGACGGAUAUGUUCUAUCAUCAUUGAGUACGUCGACGCCUUACAUGGUGCGCGUUGCUUCCCGCAAUGCUGCCGGACUCAGCGAUUACACGAUACCCGUCCGAUAUUCGACAACUGUCCUGCACGCUCUUGGCGCAACAUCGGCCGCCGAUAUGAAGAUCACUAUUUUAGCUACAACGAAAUUAGCUUUAUUUGUAUUUUUGUCAUUGUUGAUUACAAAAAACUUCCUUGUGUUAGUUUAAAUAAGCAGAAGCAUUCCAUGUAUAUUAUAAAUGAAAUAUAUCAAGCAAAAAUGAUAAAAGUCUUGAUAUACUUCGAGUUUAUGACUGAAAUUCCAACGCAACUAUUAAAAUGAAUUUUUGAACGCAUGCAUGGGCAAACUGUAGAAUCUAAUAUGUAAUAAAGAUCCCAACACCACGGAGGUAAACUGGCAAUAAUUUGGCAAAUAUACACAUAUAUAUAUAAUAAAAUUAUAAUGACUGUUACUGAGCUGAGUUAAACUCCGAAAAAAAGUGUGAGAGAUUCUAUUGCCAUUUCACACCGCCAUGCUCGAAAUGUGCUUAUGUUGUAUUGGAAACAUAAUUUUCAUCUCUGAAUGGACAGCGCUGCUUACCGAUGUCAGGUUGCUAGAGCGGGGGCUCCAACUUCUAUGGCAAAAGUCUUUCGUUGACAUUAUGUAGACAGUGUAGCGAUUUCGAACCCGCGCUCUGGAAUGUCUGAUACUGUGCAGUAGCGAUGUCCAUUUUCAGUAAAAUAUGAGCUUGGGCGUAAUAUGUAAAUUAUAUAAGAAACAAGAAUGAUAAGAUGAGUCAUGGUG